GUCCUCACCACUCCCAAAGGCCAAAACUAUACUCUACUCCACACAUACACAUACACAUACACGCUAACACUUAACACCAAUAACCAUCCGUCUAUAAUCUACAGUUCCUCCUGCAAAUAUACCCCCACCACCAUCUCUUUUUCAAGAUUCCAAAGCCAAUUCCUCCUCCUUUCAAGAUUUUAGGUUAAAAAGAAAGCAUUUUUCUGCUAUAUACAAAAGCGAAAACCCGGAAAAAGAAAAGAAAAGAAAAGAGAACACAUUUCUUUUAACUUCGUAUAAUUUUUGAGAUAAAUAUAAUACCCUUUGCCUUUUCAAGAUUAAAAUUUUGGUUCUUGGUUUCUUGUAGCUAGUCAAUCAUGGAACCACCAGAAAAUUACAGCAGAAGUACUUCUUUUGCAGAGCCUUUUGAAGAUGCCCAGAAGAUAAUUCUGAGGUGGGACUCAACAGCAUCAGAAGAAGCAAGAGAAAGAAUGAUCUUUGGUGGAGAUCGUCAAGAAGUGGAUCUAUACUUACAAGCUGUUGAUGAAAUCCAAAAGUCUAUGUCAUCGACUUCAAUAUCACCUCCUUCAUCCCAUCAUCAUGAUCAAGAUAGUAAUAGUAACAAAGUCAACUCUGCUAUACAGAUCGCCAUGGCUAGACUUGAAGAUGAGUUCCGCAAUAUCCUUAUUAACCAUACAAGCCCUGUUGAAGUGGACUCUCUUUUCAUUCCUGAUCAUGCUCCUGCUCCUGCUUCUUCUUUGAACCACAAUACUAGUUCGGUAGGAAGCAGCAAUGAAUUUGACCAGGAGGAAGUUGGUGGUGGUGGUGGUGGUGAUCAUGUUGAUGCUUUAGAUCCUAUACAGCGUGCAGAUUCGAGUAAUAGUAGUGCUAGUUAUCGAUCUACGAGUAGUAUUCGUGAGAUCGAUCUGAUUCCUCAAGAAGCUGUAGCAGACCUUCAGUCCAUUGCUAAACGGAUGAUCUCUGCAGGGUACUUGAGGGAGUGUAUUCAGGUUUAUGGGAGUGUGAGGAAAUCAGCUGUGGAUGCGAGUUUUCGGAGACUUGGGAUUGAGAAGUUGAGUAUUGGGGAUAUUCAGAGACUAGAAUGGGAGGCUUUGGAGACCAAGAUCAGGAGGUGGAUUAGGGCGGCCAAGGUUUGUGUUAGGAUAUUGUUUGCUAGUGAGAAGAAGCUUUGUGAGGAGAUUUUUUAUGGGAUUGGUACUGCUAUCGACGAUGCUUGUUUUAUGGAGACUGUCAAGGGUCCAGCUAUUCAAUUGUUUAAUUUUGCUGAGGCAAUUAGUAUUAGCAGGAGAUCUCCUGAGAAAAUGUUCAAGAUUUUGGACUUACACGAUGCUUUGAUGGACUUGUUGCCUGAUAUUGAGGUUGUUUUUGAAUCAAAAUCUGCUGAUUCCAUUCGAGUCCAGGCUGCUGAGAUUUUGUCAAGAUUGGCUGAGGCUGCUAGGGGGAUUUUAUCUGAGUUUGAGAGUGCUGUUUUGCGUGAGCCGUCGAGGGUUCCGGUGCCUGGAGGGACAAUUCAUCCAUUGACAAGGUAUGUGAUGAAUUACAUCAGUUUGAUUUCGGAUUAUAAGCAGACCUUGAUUGAGCUUAUUAUGUCAAAACCAUCAACUGGGUCAAGAUAUUCGGGUGAUCCAACUACACCUGAUAUGGAAUUUGCUGAACUAGAGGGGAAAACCCCUUUAGCCCUUCAUUUGAUUUGGAUUAUUGUGAUUUUGCAAUUCAAUUUGGAGGGCAAGUCCAAGCACUACAAGGAUGCAUCGUUGGCCCAUCUGUUUAUAAUGAACAAUGUUCACUAUAUUGUUCAGAAGAUUAAAGGGUCACCAGAAUUGAGAGAAAUGAUUGGAGAUGAUUACUUGAGAAAGCUAACAGGAAAAUUCAGGCAGGCGGCAACUAGUUACCAGAGAGCAACCUGGGUGAGUGUUUUGUAUUGCUUGAGGGAUGAGGGGUUACAUGUAAGUGGGAGUUUCUCUUCUGGUGUCUCAAAGAGUGCUUUGAGAGAGAGGUUUAAGACCUUCAAUGCUAUGUUUGAGGAGGUUCACAGGACUCAAGCAACAUGGUUGAUUCCGGAUUCUCAGCUUCGGGAGGAGCUUCGAAUUUCUAUAUCUGAGAAGUUGAUCCCAGCUUAUAGGUCAUUUCUUGGACGGUUCAGGAGUCACAUAGAGAGUGGAAAGCAUCCGGAAAAUUAUAUCAAGUAUUCAGUGGAGGAUUUAGAGAGUGCUGUCUUGGAUUUCUUCGAGGGUUAUCCUGUAUCUCAGCACCUGAGGAGGAGAUCUCAGUGAAGGAAUGGAUAAGUUUUGCCGAUUUAGAAACUAGGACACAUUCUUUGAAUUUUUUGUGAAGUGUUUGGGUGAUAUGGUGCUGGUUAAUAGGGGGCUGCCCUGUGCACUCUAGUUCUUUUAUGUAUCAUCAGUUAAUUUUCCGUGGAUCAGAACAAGUAGAGUUCUUUGGGAAGAUUUGGUGUAGCUCUCUCUUGAAUAGCCAGGUCUCUCAACCUGAAUGCUUCCACACUGUUGAUGCCAGAUACAUUUCAAGGUUGAGAUCCGUCAUUUGUCACUUGAUGAUUGUCCCUUUGUUUAAUUUCUGUUUACCAUUGAUUUCAUGAAGGUUGAUGCCAGAUACAUUUCAAGGUUGAGAUCCGUCACAGACAGAAAGUCCUGCAAGAUAUGACAAAAACCUGGACCUUUUUGUGCUUGAAUAAAUUUGGAAGCUUUUCAUGUCAUCUUUUUUCUUUAGCAACGUAAUCUCCAGCUGGCAUUAGUGUAACUUUGACAAUUUGUGGAUUCAACUUUCGAUUUGGUUUGGAUACAUAAAGAAUUCCUACUAGAUACGUUUUUCUAAUUCAUUCGAACUCGGCUAA